AAAACAAUGUUUAAUCCUAAUUAUUUCUUUAUUAACAAAAAUUGUUGGCAGGGCAAAGUGAGGGCUGGCAACUAAUACUGACCACAUCGAUAGGCCAAACUCGAAAGCUGACAUAUCGAUUAUUCUUUUGACAGCGCUGUUCGCGUUGCCACAUGGAGCUAAAUAAUCGCAUAUGUAUACACUGGAAACGUGCAAGUGUGUACACAGUAUUCGCUCUCUUAAGCACGUGGAAAAACAACGCGACUUGGUUUCCCCGUGGAAAAUUGAUAAUCUUUAUUAAUUUAAAGGCAUAUUUAAGCCUUAAUUAUGACGAAUCUGUACGUGCUGUAUGAGCAUGCGGCAGGCUUUUCGCUCUUCUCCGUCAAGGAGUUCGAGGAGGUCUCCAUGUUCCUGCCGCAGGUUGAGUCCUCCGUCACGGACAUUGCCAAAUUCAAUUCGAUUGUGAAGCUGGCGGGAUUUUCGCCAUUUAAGACGGCAAUUGCUGCACUGGAGAAUAUCAAUGCCAUAUCUGAGGGUAUUGUGCCUCAGGACUUGUUGCAUUUCCUCGAUGAUUUCUUCGCCAAGUUGAAGAAGAAGAAGUGCACUUUGGGCAUUGCGGAUGCAAAGCUGGGCGCUGCCAUAACUGAAUCUGUGGGCGUUCAGUGCAGCCACUUUGGUGUUGUGCCCGAGAUUUUGCGCGGUGUGCGUUUCCACUUUGCCAAGCUCGUAAAAGGCUUUACUGACAAGUCGGCUGGCGUGGCACAGCUGGGUCUGGGACACAGCUACUCACGUGCCAAGGUCAAGUUCAAUGUGCAUCGUUCGGACAAUAUGAUCAUUCAGUCUAUAGCUUUGCUGGAUCAGCUGGACAAGGAUGUCAAUACGUUCUCCAUGCGGAUACGCGAAUGGUAUUCGUAUCACUUCCCAGAACUGGUUAAAAUUGUUCCCGAUAACUACAUGUUUGCCAAGGCGGCCAAGUUCAUUAAGGACCGCAAGGACCUCACCCAAGAUAAGCUUGAGGGUCUCGAGGAAAUUGUAAUGGACUCUGCCAAGGCGCAGGCGAUCAUCGAUGCCGGUAAAAUGUCCAUGGGCAUGGACAUAUCCAUUGUUGAUCUAAUGAACAUUGAACUAUUUGCCGAGCGAGUCGUCAAGCUCUCGGAAUAUCGCAAAAAACUAUCCACAUACUUGCACAACAAAAUGAAUAGUGUUGCACCAAAUCUGCAGUCGCUCAUCGGCGAUCAAGUCGGCGCACGCCUCAUCUCGCACGCGGGCAGCCUGACAAAUCUGGCCAAGUACCCCGCAUCGACAGUACAAAUUCUGGGUGCCGAGAAGGCACUCUUCCGUGCCCUCAAGACUCGCUCCAACACACCAAAGUAUGGUUUGAUCUAUCACUCGUCUUUCAUUGGACGCGCGGGCCUCAAGAACAAGGGUCGCAUCUCUCGUUUCCUGGCCAACAAAUGCUCGAUUGCCUCGCGCAUUGAUUGCUUCCUUGAACAGCCGACGAGUGUAUUUGGUGACACACUGAAGCAACAGGUGGAGGAUCGCCUUAAAUUCUAUGAAUCGGGUGAUGUGCCUCGCAAGAACAUCGAAGUGAUGAAGGAGGCCAUCGAGGCGGCUGGUCAAGAAGUUGCAAGCACACCACAGACCGACAAAAAGAAGAACAAGAAGAAGAAGCGUCCUGCGGAUGCUGAUACAAAUGGCACAAGCAAUGGCAAUGGAGCAGCAGCACUUGAUGAGGCCGACAAUGGCAAUGGCGAUGCGGAUGGUGAGCCCAAGAAGAAGAAAAAGAAGAACAAGAAUAAAAACAAACAAGCCGUGGAGGCGUAGAUAUCACCUAUGUACCUUUUCGGUAUUCCACAUUAGCGCUUAGUUCUAAGUUCAACACUUUUUAUUUUACUUAAUAUUUCUUUCAAUAUAUCACGAUAAAGCCAACUAAAUAAACAACACUUUUACCACACAAA